AUGAUCUAUGACGUCACAACAGACGUCACAUGGGAUGAAAGAAAAACCAAUAAACAGGUAAUUUAUCAAACUAUUUCCUUGCCAAGUUUCGUCACAUUCGAUGCAUUCUACUCCUGUCUAUGGCCUAAAACUCUCAGUUUUGAGAGGUAUUUGGGAGGAAAAGCCCUAGCAACCGACCACCGUGUUUUAUCGAUUACCCAUCCCGCUUUGCGAGUCAUUCACCCAGUCGAGGAAAGCAAGAUGGCGGGUAGUGUGAGGAACACCGAAAAUCUUUUCGAACAACAAGACAGAGAGGAACUUUCAGAGCUUAAUUCUUAUAAUUCAGGUGGAUUUAGGUUCAAGGGAAGUGAAAGCAGCGCACUUUCUCUUCUAAACAAGCUGAGACUCGAAGGAGAAGGGGGUUUUUGCGACGUGACCCUGGAAGUGGACGGAAGACAAUUGGCCACUCAUCGAUGUGUUUUGGCGGCAAGCAGCCAAUUUUUUUAUACCAUGUUUCACAGUGGUAUGAAAGAAUCAAAUCAAACACUCCUUAAGUUGCAUUCAGUUAGUUUUGACGCCAUGUCGCUCAUUCUUGAUUAUUUCUACACGCGAGAGAUUGUUAUAAACCACGACAUUGUGUUGGAGUUGCUCAACACUGCAAGCUUUCUUCUCGUCACUCCAGUGAAAAAGGCGUGCAUUCAGAUUCUCAGCAAUCAGCUUAGUAUUGAAAAUUGUUUCAGUAUCCUACAAGUAGCCGAUCAGUUUUGGGCAAGUGAACUUGAGAAAAGGGCAAGAAACUAUAUUAAAGAGAACUUCUUCUCUGCGGUGAACAACGAAGAAUUUGUUUCCAUUUCAAAAAAGAGUUUGAUUGACUUUAUAUCCAGUGAUGAAAUUCAAGUGGAAAGGGAGGAAGAGGUCUAUCAAGCUGUACUGAAGUGGGUGAAGUAUGAUGAAGAAAAUCGUGUCUCAGAUUUACCUGAAUUACUAAGCCAUCUCAGAGGGAAGUCGUUGCCUAAAGGGUUCUUGAAAUCAGAGAUGUCCAAAGAGCCACUACUUGCUACCUUCUCUAGUCUGGUAGAAUCUUCCAAGAGGAAGAUCAAAACAAAAUGGACAAAGAAGAAACGUGGAAAGCGAACAGGGGCAGAUGACAAACCAGAAGCUGAGAGGACAAGAACAUCUACGGAAUUGCAUAAUGUCAUGAUUGGGAUUAGUUCUGCACUGUAUGGUUCCCGCAAGGCAUUCUGUUAUGAUUUGGACAAGGAAGAAACAUUUGUUUUAUCAGAUUACCCCAAUAUGCAUGUUGAUCCAGAACUGGCAGUUAUUGGACGGUCUCUGUACAUAAUAGGUGGGAGUAAACUUUUCAAUGGUGUUCCCACAAGAUUAAGUGCUCUGUGUCUUGAUGAGGUGAAGAAUCAGAGGAAGCCUUCAUUUAGCAUCUUCAGUAUGGACCAAGAAUGGGAGACUAAAGCACCUUGUAAAGUUAGCAGAAUAAAAGCUUCCCUGGCACAACUUAAUGGGCUGCUGUAUUACAUAGGUGGAUGGCUUGAAGAUGGCAGUUGCUGUAACACAGUGGAGUGUUACAAUCCAGAAAUGGAUGAGUGGGUGUACUGUGCUAGCUUAAACACUUCCAGAUCUAGGUCAGGCUGCGUGACAGGGAAUGGUCACAUUUACAUCAUUGGUGGUGAAACUGCUCUUAUAUCGGAGAGUUCAGAAACAUUUCUUUCAAGUGUUGAGAGGUUUGUUUGAGUUAAAUAAGAAUUUCAUCCCUAUUUUCUCACCCACUAGGGAAGCAAUGGCAAGAUCUAGGCUCACUGCACAGAAAUCACUAGAUUGAUGCCAUUUGUAUCCAUAACAAUAAUGUUUUGAGCUGCUUUAUCUGCUCAUUUCCUAUAUUGAGAAUUUCUCAACUUGAAUCUGACAUUUGCUCUUUGCUGUAAAUGUGAUUGAUCACAUGAUCAACUUUUCAGUAAACACAGAAACAGUUCAUUUUUGAAAAAUUUUGUUAGUACAAGCUGAAAGAGUAUAUUAAGAUAUGGUAACCCUGAGAAUUUUCAGCCGUAUGCCUCAAAAGUAGUGAUUGCAACAGCUGCUGAAAGUUGGAAGCAUUUGUAUGGGGAAAACAACUUUUGCCAUCCAGUCACACUUGCAUGAUUUCCACACAAAUCCUUGUAAUUUCGACAUUUUCAAAACUGCCAUGAAAUAUUUCCUUAAGCAUUACAGGGCUCAAAUGUCCUUGUAAUUGAUAACCGGGAAUUUGAGCCCUUAAAUGUGUAAAUGAAAGAUUUAAUGACAGUUUAAAAAUUUUAGAAUUUACAAGGAUUUGUAUGGAAACCCACAGGUAGCCCAAGCUUGUUAUGAGAGCCCUGAGCAAAAUUAUCCAUUAGCUAAUUAAUAAUUAUUUGUACGGCAAAAAUUAUAAGGCAUUGUAUGAGAAUUAUUGUACAGUUUUUCUCCAUAAUUGAGCGGAAUGUGCAUUAAAUUUUUCCUUUUAAGGUUGCAUUUAGUAUUUUCUUAUGUUUAUUUGUGUGUUGACUGCGUUUCAUGCCUGUUGGGAUGCCAAGAACCCAAGAACAGUAUUACUCUUGUAGGCUAAUUAAUGUUUCAUACAGCAACAAAAUUAUAAGGUGUUGUAUGAGAAAUAUUCUUUUCUCACUAAAUUAAUAAAAUGUACAUUGAAUAUCACUUUGAAGCUUACCUUUAGCCUUUUCUUGUUUUUCUUUGUAUUCUGACUGCAUUUGAGACCUCCUAGGCACUGUUUAAUUCCUUUUUAUGAGAGUCAGUUUUACGCUGAGAUGACAGUACUCUGCUCUGCUCUCCGCGGCGAUAUAUUCCAUGACAUUUGCGACAUGGAGACAAUUCCACCAGAAACAGUUGUUCUGAUAAAAAAUGUGCAUUUUCAAUCAUUCACAUCGCCAAAAUUCCGAUUUUGAAGGACCUAAAUUGACAAUGAAGUGGACAAUACACAGCCAUGGUUAAGGAAGUCGAGAUCAGCCUCGCAACGGACUCUAACUGUCAAGUCGACAAUUUCAAACUGACAAGGGAUGGCAGGGUCAAAUUGUUCAACCAUCAAAGUGCAAUUGGAGCAUUUAGCCUACUGGGCACAGUAACUGAUGUUUCCCUUCUAACAUAGCGCUCCAGGGUCGUGGAAGUCAAGCAUCGCGUGUCAGCUAUGUAGUGACAUGUUGCACUUGGUUGAUGUCUACUCUUCUUUUGAAAAAGCCUUCGACGAUGGUUUUUUAUGUAUGAUGUAGAAAAAAAUAUGGCAAUAACAGUUGCAGCUGUAAAAAAAAAAAAUCAAAAAAAUUGCAUUGUUUCUCAUUGAACAUGCACUUACAAAGUAUUUCAUUCUGGAAAACAACUUUGGGUUGAUUUUCCUGUUCUGGCUUGUCCACUAACUAACAGAUUAUGACCCAAUGAGACACAGUUCAACACACCCCUUUGUUCAUUUGUUAGACUGAAAUGAAAUUUGCCUUGCAAAAUGAAAUACUUUUUAAACAAUGCAAUUUUUUGAUUUUUUAACUCGUAGGUACGUGUGAGCGUACCACGAGUUAUUGCAGGGACAGAGAUAUGCAAAUGAGUCACUCGCUCACUCGUAGUAGACGCACUUCGUAAUUAAUCAGGUCCGAACUCGAGAGCACGAAGAUCUAUCGUUUCCAAAGAAGCACGCGCUCGCCAAAGUUCGGUAGCAUCAAAUUCCUCGCUGAGAGCGUGCAUCGUGCGCUACAGCACGGUUAGGAUAGACGUCUUACCAAAUUUAAGACACGCAGGAAUCUUUCAAAUUAUUACGAUUCAAAAGCCCUUGACCCGUCCAGGCGUUAAACUUGACGAGAAGAUGAGCAUUUGCUCUUCGACUCCUUCAACUUCGACGCUGGCUUGAUCUCCUGCCUUGUAGUAGUGUAGUAGGUUACGUGUAUGAAUGAAUUUAUCGCGGUCAGUAUAAAACACGGACUGCGGACUAUGGACUGCGGACCGGGUAUAAAAUACGGACUAUAAAAAUGUAUGGUAAAUAAAGGCACUUCUUCUUCUUCUUCUUCUUCUUCUUAAGGACUCCCCAAGAUAACGGGGGGAAAUGGAUGUGAAUUUGAACAUUACCUUUAAAAUAACAGUGGAAAUCGAGAUAAGAAAACAUAAGCUAGUGUUUUCUGUUUUACUUCGCGGGGGAGUUGUGUCAGCUUUGUAUCGCAUAUGUUCUUUCAUUGCCAUGAAAUGCGUUUACAUUGUUUUUUACUGUCAGUAGCCUGGUCUCAAUUAGCCUUAAUUUCAUCCGAUUGCUUCGAGUCGUUUUUUUCAAUCGGUUAAGUAUGGUUCGACCGUUUGCCCCGGUCGUUUGCCGGCGGAAGUUCAAUGGAAAAGGCAUUAAACUUGAAACUUUUCGCAAAAUCAUGUGAACAUCCUCAAUGGCGUAGUGGCUAUGUGAAGUCGGGUCAACCCGAAGGUUCCGGGUUCAUAUUCUGCUAAGGACUUUCUUUUUCCCUUCUUCCUUUUUUUUUCUUUUUUGUUUUGUCUUGGUUGCUUAUUUGUUUUGCUGUUUUUUUUUGUUGUUGUUUUUAAAUAUAAACUUAAAUAACUGUUACUAAAGUGCAAUAAACAGCAAGAAAGGUAUUGUGUUUCCAGAACAAGGAUAAUAUAUUUGUAUUCUGAAUUUCUAUCAUUUCCUAAAAUUCACUGUGGGAAAACCAGAGGUGAUAAAAUUCUCAAGUUACCUAAUUUAAAUAUGCUCUUUCAGCUUGUGCUAACAAAAGUGAACUUUUUUCGUGUUUACCGAAAGUUGAUCACAUGAUCACAGUCUUGCAAAGAGCCUUUUCUUACAAAGUUUAUCAUCCAAUUUUCUUGAACCUGUUGGUCUUUAAUACGUUUGUAGGUAUGAUCCAGAAAAGGAUACAUGGUCAUUUGUUGCCAGUGUGAAUCUAGGAAGGGUACUGCCAAGCUCUGUAUGCUUGAAUGGCAAGAUCUAUGUGAUCGGAGGACGUACAUCCAGUAUUUACUCAACCCCUACCUGUGAAGUGUAUUUUCCUAAUACUGACGAGUGGCAGUUCAUUGCAAGUCUCCCUUACCUUGAUCCUGGAUGCAUUGAAGUUAUUGUAGUAAAGAACCAGAUUAUGGUGGCUUUGAUGCCUGACGUAACUCUCGAUUUCUCUCACAAUGCUGUAAAGUACAAUGUGCGGGCUAAUGCAUGGCAAAAGGUAGAGUGUUUUGGUCCAAGUAACAAGCAAGCAUCUUUUACUCUCUGCACGACUAAGCUGCCUGCAAUGAUCCUGCAAAGGCUGCCCAAAGCACUAUUUUUAGACGACUUUUUUGAAGAAGAUAGUGAAAAUGAUAUGGAAGAUGAUUCUUACAGAAGUGACAGCGAUGACAGUUCAAGUGGGUUUAUGGGGUGGGCUAAUGAAUCCAGUGAUGAUGAAGCCUACUGGUAAACAGUUUAACCUUUUAACUCCUAAUAUCCUCAUACAAAUUCUCCUGACUGAUCUUCAUACAUUUCCUCAGAGCAUAAGUUGAGAGAAUUUGAUAAAAGAUCAAAAUAUUUUCCCUUUGGGAUCAUUUGAUAAAUUCUCUUUACCUUUUUCUCUUGUUUAUCGAAAUUCUUAGAAGAAAGUUGAUGUUCCAUUUUAACUCUUAGGUCCAACAGGGUUAAACGCUUCCCUUAAUUUGGAGAAAUUGAAGUGCCAUGUUUUAUAGGCGAAUCUUUGUUUACACUUUUUGCCUCAUUAACAUAUGCUUAUCACUAUCUGAUGACGCUAAUAAAAUAAAAACUCUGAAUAUUGAAAGAGCAUAACAGUUUCAGUUAUCCCUGAAAAUUUGAGCCCAAAACACCGAAUGGUUUCGGAGAAAUUCUCUUCUGAAAACUCCAAAUUUUACAGAGAAUGUAUGGCUCAUUAACUUUUUUGCCACACAGCAAUUUCGCAGUUUUUGAUUGCUGAUAUUUCUUUCAAUGUUGCUUGCAAAGAGCUGAAAAUUGCACAAAUUGCUCAACUUAAUCAGCUCUUUCAACUUUUGCAUUUAGUUCAUAUGUGCGGCCACGGCUUCUAUGAGUUAAGUCGUAUGCUAAUGAGGAAAAAUGUAAACAGUGACGUCAGCAAAGAUUCGCCUAUUUACUUGGGGAGGUUUUAAAUGUGCCUCAAUCAAGUAUUUCAUUUGUAAAUCUUAAAGUUUACCAGUUAACUAUGGGUACUUGUUUUAACCAUCAUGAAAUUAUAGGGCGUUUUCACUCAUGUGGCCAGCAUCUAUGCUAAUUUAUUGGAACAAUGAGAGUUUUUGCAUAAGAAAAGAGUUCAACUCCUGCAGGAUUAGUUUGGAACACCAACAUGGCCACCAUUUCAUUGUUAUGGAACACCAAUAUGGCAGUUGUGAUGUCUGUGAAAACGCUUUAUAAGGAAGUAGUCUUCAUUUAGCACUGAUGCUUUAUGUAGUGUGCUAGUAUAAGUUUCCUGAGCAAUAAUAGUUCUGAAAGUUCCAUUAGAAUGCACUCAAGCAAUGCAGUGAAGAUAUGGGUGUUCCAAUGAAAGAAAGAUCACCAUAUAGAACUGUCAAUAACUUGAAAUGUUGCUAUUGACUGAUGUUGUAAGGAGAAGUUCAAUUAUGGUCACUUGUGGAGGUUAGAGGGUGGUGUCUCCUACAACUGGUGACAAAAUUAUUGGUUUAUGCACAUUACUCUGAAGGACAUUCCCCUUGGUUCGCUGUCCCUUCCACACUGCCUCUAGACAAUAUUUUCCUGCAGUUCAGGGUAUGUGUAAAAGAAAAUGCAAAGAAAACUACACCAUUGUCCCAACAAUAAUUCUUCUGUUGCCAAUUAUAGCCCAAAAAUAUCCUUGCACAGCUUCUGACUGAGUUGUCAAAGUAGCUCUCAGGGAAAUCUGAACACAUACAGUGAAAGUGACUGUGCAGGUUUCAGACCAAUUUAAGGCUUUAAUUCUGAUGCAGUUGAAUGUCUAAGGUUUUUAGUGGAAUUUUUGUUUACCAUUGAUGUAUUCACUAGCAAGUGUUUAUAAAAAUAAUAGUUAGACAAUGUUACGCUGCUUUCAUUUUUCGUGUUGAAAAUACUUUGCACUUAUGUGACUUACUGUUUGCAAAUUGCAUCAACAAUUCUGCAGCUUGAGCUUGCUUCAAUUGCCAAAGCCUUAGAACUUUUUCAGUAAACUUAGCUACCUUAUUAUAGGAAAUUAACACUCCAUGAAAUUUAGGUAUUGGAAAUUAACGCGAAUUUAAUGGAAAACGACUUUCGAAUAAAGAAAAUUAACGCGAAAGAGGAGGCAGAAUUUCAUAAAAAAGGAAAUUAACGUGUAGUAAGACACAGUUGGUGGUGAUAACUGGAACAAAUUUAUUUCAACACUGGACGCAAAAAAAUUCAAAAUCUGAACAAACUGAGCUGAUAUCACUUCUGACAGCGACAACGAUGAAGAUGAACUCGAAAUAUUGUAAACCUUCACCUUAGCUUUUGUGAAAGAUGGAAAAUAAAGGGUAAAUGGAAAGAAAGAAAGCUUGCAGUUGAUGUUUUUUUAGCAGUCAAGAAUGUCUGGACAGGUUCCAAAACUGGGAUUAAAAUACUGGAAAUUAAGAGCGUGGAAAUUAACGCUGCAUUUAAUUAACGUCGCGGAAAUUAACGCUCGACAAAAUUAACGCGACUUAAAUUAACGCGAAGUUUAACGAUUCGCGUUAAUUUCAUGGAGCGUCAAUUUCCUAUAAUAAGGUAACUAUCAGGGUGUGAUGUUUUAUGAUAAUUAACGAUUAUUCCUUGAGUGCGCUUUGGAUAUGGGAUGGCAGGUAGCCAACGAGGCACGAAGCACUGAGUUGGCUAUAAUCAUCUCAUAUCUAACAAGUGCGAGUGGAAUAAUUGUUUUAUUAAAAAUGCUCACAAAAUAUUGAGAAUUCUUCGCGACUUUAUUUGUAAAAACAAGCGAUUUUCAGCUUGUUUUUUAUUUUGAGCAGAUGUGUACAGUUAGGGAAAGUUCAUUUAAUAUGACAAGGGGGGGGGAUGAAGAUAUUGAAACUCGAAGCUUGAAAUUUUAGCAGCCCCCCUCGCUAGCGGUUCAAUUUUUUAGGAGCCCCCUCCUUGGUAGUCGAAAAAAUUUCAGAGCCCCCCCCCCUCCUCCUUCAAUUCCUUUGCUUCCCUGAAAAAAGAUCGCUAGACUGUAUUAAAUAUAUUUACCGUUAUUGUCUUCAAUGGUUUAUACUAUGACAAACUUGAGAUACAGUUGUGAUACAAUUUUCUAA